AGUUUAAUUCGUGUAAUUCGUAGCUAUCAUUAUAUUUUUUUUUUAUACUUAAUUUUUACUUAUCGACUCGAAAAGAAUAGAAAUAUAUAUGAUGAACUUCAAAUGGAUGAUGAUGAUGUUGGUGGUGUGUGUGUUAUUAUUGUUAGGUGGAGCAAUGGGAGCUAAGCCCAAUAAGCCAAUUGAUGUCCCAUUUGGAAGAAAUUAUGAACCUAGUUGGGCUUUUGAUCACAUCAAAUAUUUGAAUGGUGGCUCUGAGAUCCAACUCUCCCUCGAUAACCGCACCGGUACUGGCUUUCAAUCAAAAGGAUCUUACCUAUUUGGACACUUUGCUAUGCACAUAAAGAUGGUUGCUGGUGAUUCUGCAGGCACUGUCACUGCUUUCUAUUUGUCUUCUCAAAAUUCAGAACAUGAUGAAAUAGACUUUGAGUUCUUGGGGAAUAAAACAGGAGAACCAUACAUUUUACAAACAAAUGUAUAUACAGGAGGGAAAGGUGACAAGGAGCAAAGAAUUUACUUAUGGUUUGAUCCAACAAAAGAUUAUCACACUUACUCUGUCUUGUGGAAUCUUCACCAAAUUGUGUUCUUUGUGGAUGAGUACCCUAUAAGAGUGUUCAAGAACAACAAGAACUUAGGUGUCAAAUUCCCAUUUGAACAACCAAUGAAAAUAUACUCAAGUCUAUGGGAAGCAGAUGAUUGGGCAACAAGAGGUGGACUUGAAAAAAUUGAUUGGUCAAAUGCACCUUUUGUUGCCUCAUACAAAGGCUUUCACAUUGAUGGUUGUGAAUCCUCUGUCAAUGCAAAAUUUUGUGCCACUCAAGGCAAAAGUUGGUGGGAUCAAAAGGAAUAUCAAGAUUUGGACAAAACUCAAUGGAGACUUUUGAGAAGAGUUAGGGACAAGUAUACAAUUUAUAACUAUUGUACUGAUAAAAAGAGGUUCUCUACAAUGCCAAUUGAGUGUAGGAGCAAUAGAGAUGUUCCAAGAAAAUCAUCUUAGAAAAAUUAAGUUCCGACUCUUUAAAAAUAUCAUUAGGCGUGUGUGUCUGAUCCUCUUAAAAGCUAUGUAUUUUAGAGGAUUUGAUAUGGAUACGAUAAUAUUUU